UAUGGUCACGUGGUACGCCGCCAUAUUUGAGAGACACUUGCACGAAAGAAAUGAGUUGACAACUUGAUACUUCUAAUAAUUUCAAAAUGGUUGACGUUUUGGUCGAAUUUGAUUACGACGCGGAACAGGAGGAUGAGCUCACAAUUAAAGUCGGAGACGUCAUCAGGAAUGUCCAAAUGUCAGAAGGAGGCUGGUGGGAGGGGGAGUUAAACGGGAAAAAAGGGAUGUUUCCCGACAACUUUGUCAAGGUUAUAGAGAAGAAAAAGGAAGAACCUAAGAAAGAACUGCUGGUAACACAACAGAGAUCUUCCGUCAGAGAACUAGCGAAUAAACUUAAAGAUGUCCAUGUUGGUGCAGCACCACAGAAAAGGAAAGAACAUCACCAUGGUCAUCAUCAUCAUUCAGAGAAGAGGAAAAAAGCCAAGGUGUUGUUUGACUAUGAACCCGAAAAUGAGGAUGAACUAAAAAUAGAAGUGGGUGACACUGUGGAAAUCAUCAAACAGGAAGAAGAAGGAUGGUGGGAGGGUGUGUUGAACGGAAAGACCGGGGUUUUCCCCUCAAACUUUGUGGAGAUUAUCAGUACAGAGGACGAAGAGCCGAACAAUGAUUUGUCUGAAUCUCAGCCAGCUGAAGAAAAACCAGAAACAAAAGGAAAGAAAGUGAUGGGUAUUGGGCUGGGAAACAUAUUUGAAGGUGGACCCAUCAAGUUACGCUCAACAGCAGCUAGUGCUAAGAGACCUGUUGAAAAACAGGACCCAAAGCCAAUCGUUACAGAGGAACCAGUUGUUCUCAAGAGGGAAAAGCCAGCCAUGCAUGCUUGCACAGCACCCAUCCCUCUACCCCGCAUGUUGCACACCAGUCACAAGAGCUCCUAUUCCAAACGGAAAAAGGUAACCCCAGUCCCUGCCCCCAGGAGUACGCCCUACCCUGCAUGGUCUCAUAGGGAUAACGGUCAUAGCCCUGUACUGAUAUACAGGUCCGAUUUUACCAGUGCUGAUAAUGUGGAUGAAAAUACUAGUAUGUUCCAUCAUGCAUAUCAUAGAGACAGUGACAGGGAGCAGCUCGGUAUAAGACGCUUGGUUCAGACCAGUGAACCUUGUAUCCCAGAGAGUGUGGGGGCAGCCAAGCCCACUCAUCCCUAUUUCCCUCUGUUUGGUGGUAUAGUCCAUAGCGCAGCUCAAAGGAGUGUGUCGGACCACAUCAAGCCAAUUGUCGACAUGUUUGAAAAAAAAAGAGCAGAACAGGACACCACAGCCAGCUCUCUGGACGACUCCAACAAAGAGAACAUGUCGAGGGACAGCCAGAAAUCCCCCGAAAAACAGCUCAAACUGAAGAGAAAGUCUGUGCAGGGAAAGCCCAGCUUUUUCUCACAGUUGAGAUUUCUUCCAUUCAAAACUAGGAAAAUUCAACAGGUGGGACCGGAGUCCAAGUCAGAGACUGAAUGUAAUCUGGGGUUCACAUCAGAGAGUAGACAAAUGCAGGCGGAUGAUGGAGAAUGUAAAAGUGUGCCAGUCCUUCACAGCAGGGCUGCUAGGAAGGAGAUGAUGGAAGACAGACAGCCCUUGAGGCCGAUUGCUCUUGAUGACAUCAAUGAUACAGACCCGGAGGGAUAUCCCUACAUGUCUCCCAGUGAUUACAGAUCCUGUACCCCAGAGUACGAGUUGGAGGUGGAUGAUAGGGAAGAUUCUUUGGAAGAUUUACCAUCUCAGAGCAGACACAGGCUUGAACAUGCCAGGGAGGAUGAGGAAACUUCUUCUAAGAGGCAUGAGCGACAGUUGUCGCCCUUUGUGAGUUCCCUGGCAGAGAAAUAUGCUCUGACAGACUGGAAAGACAAAAGAUGGAAGAAGUAUGUCAAUAUUGAGCAUGGCAUUGUGUCUCCAGUGUACAUUGGAGGUAAAGGGAAUUUGAGUAAUAAUGCACUUCAAGAUGAGGUGUCCACAUGUUCCAUGUUCUUUGAGAAGACCUCACCAGAGAAGACUCAGGGUACGAAGAGUGUUAUUGCUGACAAACAGAGGGUAACAAAAUCAGCUGAGAAUUUACAGAGGAGUGAGAGACUAAGCGAGCCACUGAGGGAUUCAGUGUCAUCUCUUGGUGACAGCUGGCGAAGUGGGCAGGGGGAUCUAAGAGGGGAGGAGUACAGGAAAAAGAAAUUUGCCACCACUUUUGUCACUGCUUCUGAGGUAUACAGACACUUCAGGACAGAAAAGUCUACCAUUCAAGGGGAAUGUGCAGCCAAACCAAAGACACCAAAGGAGAAAGUUGAAGGGAAAGAUUCCGAGUUGUCUGAUGUUCAGUGCCCAGAGUAUUUGGCGGAGACAUUUUCUGGUGCCAGUGCUGCUGCCGAGGAAGACUCUCUUUCAAAGAGCUUGGGAGAUUUGGAGAGGUUUCUCUUGGAGAAUGUGGCAGAAUCAAGUGCAUGUGAUGAAGGUGAUGAAUCUCCUUGUCAUUCCCCCUCCAAUCCCUGGAUGUCUCCACCACCUAAGUAUGAUCUGGGACACAGGGUACGUAAUGCACACUUUGAUGAGCACCUCAUCCACAAGUAUGAAAGCUUGUCCCAGAAGAACCUCACAGAGGAGGAAGUCCUAGCUGAGUUGGACUCCAAGUUGAAUGCUUAUUGUAAUGUCGAAACUCAGACCUCUGAUACAGAGAAUGAAAGGGAUGUCGCCUCUGCAGUGAAUAGAAGAAAUGUUUCUACAUCGCCAAUGCUAGAAAUGGUGAGCUAUGAACCAAGUUUGGAUCACAGUGAUUGCGAUACGCCACAGAUGACGCCAGGCAAACGGUCGACAAAACCAAGGUAUUCAAGUUCUCCCAUUGCCAGGGCAGAGCAGUUUGGAGACUAUGACAUCGAGGGGACUCCAGAGAAUGGACUGAACUUUGAAGUGAUCGGAAAAAAGUUGAAGGUUCUCGGUGACGAUAUAAAUUCCCGAUUAGAGAGUGAUUAUGACAUUGUAGGAACAGAAGAAAAUGGAAUGAAUAUAGAGGUGGUUGGAACAAAGGUUAGGUUGUGCACCCCUGAAGAACAGGAAAAGAGAAGAAUAAGGUUGAAGGAAGAUUGUUCUGAGAGAAGAAAACGGCGAUUUUCAUGGAAGAGGCUCUUCCAGCCAAAAAAAUCAGAUGCAGUUCAGUUAUUGUCAUACAGAAAAACUGAGGAAACAGAUGUACCGGUACCUUCAAAAGAAAAAUGUAACACCAUGGAAAGGAUGUCACCUGUGAAAGAAGCAAUUAAGACUAAGCUGGAUGAUGUGGAUGAAACAGUCGUUAAUGUAGAGUUUAAGCCGGAAGAUAUAUCGGGAACUGUGGAGGCCGUGUUUUGUCAUGACCAUCAUGAAGAUGAGCUACUUUCUAGAGAUUCCUCCUUCGUCGGCAUGAAUUGGUCCACAACAAAGAUUCAGUCUCACUCUAAUGAGUCACAGACUUCGCAAAGACUGGUCCCCAAAGAGUCUCCUGCUGCUUGUAAUCUUGUCAAGUAUUCGAUGGAAGAUAUUGUUAGAGAACUGGAAGAAGAAGGCAGGAAAAUUGAGAAAGAAUUCUUGAGAAUUGUAACAGACAACACAUAUGACUUUCUGGAAGAUGAGUGCAAGUUUAAUAACCCACACAGCCUGAUGUAUUUAGCAGGAAUGGCAUGUAGCAAGAGAUACCAGCUCAUGUAUAACUCAGACAUAUUUGACGAAGGUGGGGAAGGGGCUAGCUAUGAAAAAUUCCAAGAUGACACCCAAGAUGACAGUGAUUAUGAUCUUGUGUGUGGAAGGAGGCGCAUUGACUUCAUGAGAGAUGACUUCUAUGAGUCCAGUCACAAUGAAGACACAGGGGGAGAGGAAAUGGAUCAAGAUAUUUGUCCAGACUCCCCAGGCCUGAUAGCAAGCAUGGCUCGAGAUGUGCAGGGUUUGAAUCUCACUGCAUCUCCCAAUUCCAGUGACGCAGACAUAGCAAGACAGAUUGACUCAUUUCUCCGAGAUGCUCUGAAACCAAUUGAUGAUCUUGUGCUAAGAAAUGACACCUCUGAUGAUGACUUAGGGGAAGAAGAAAUGGAAAACUUUUCUAAAAUUGAGAGCAGUUUAAAUUCUCAAGGAGAUGAGCGAGUGCCCAGUUACACACCAUACAAUUCCCCCUGUGUAACUGGUGAGGAGCCAAGGUUUUCUGUGGGGGAGGGAGAGGAAGAAGAAGGGGAGGAAUGUAAUGCCCUGAAUAAAAGCUUCUCCACAGAGGAUUCAGACAUGGAUAGCUCUAUCAGAGAGGCACUGAAAGAAGUGGAAGGAGUCACUCCAGUAAUGCUGGACCACCAGCUUCAGGAAACAGAGUCGGAUGAAUCUGAUGAAAAAUUUAAUGAAGGUGUGGAAGAAAAUGACGGCAAUGAUGAAGACAACACGAACAACAACUUCUUCAUCAAUGAUGUCAACAAUAAUUCAGAUGAAAGCCUUCAUGUCAGAAUUGGUAGGCGAUAUCCAAGGUUCUGCUUCUUUUCUCCCUUGGAUGAAGAUGACGAUGAUUCUAACAUGUCUCCCACCCAUCCCAGCGAAGAAAAUCCAGUUAGAAAAUCUAACAGUGGACACACUCUGCAGCCAUCAAAGUCAGACACCAGAAGUCUGGAUACAACAGGAAGCGAUAAGUUUUACACGGAUGUGGAUACCAGUUUAGAGACAAGCAGGGAUACAGCCAAGUUCUACACAGACCUGGACAGUACAGUAGAGGACCGGUCGUUUGGAGCCCUGAGACGGACCGCCCGGAGUUCUGGAAGUCCGGCUAGUGAGGAUCACGGGGUAGUGAGCUGGAGUAUGGACGAUUCCAUUGAAGUUUAAACUUUUUUAUUGUUGUUUGUUCUUUGAAUUUGGACUAUUUUUUAUUUGAUAUUUGAUGUGUAUAAAGUUGAAUUUCUAUUAGGUCUGAAUGAUAUUAGAUGUGUAAUAUGUAUUACAUCUUGAAAUACUUCCACCUGCUCGUUUUAAUUUUGAAAAUAAAGUGUCUUAUUUUUGUGUACAUAUUGAAUAACAACAUUUGUUUCCUUAUUGUAUAAAAUUGUGAACAGUUUGAUAAUCAAUUGACAAAUUUAAUAUAAAAAGUUGCAAUGGUCUCUGUUACCCUGAUUCAAUUUUACCACUGACAAUUGAUUGCUAUUGGUAAGACAAUGGAGUGUAAAUUUCAUGUUGAAUGCAUAAUUUAUUGAUGUUAUGUUUCCUUGUUUAUGUUCAUGAACAAUUAAAUGGUUGAAUAUAA